GCUGCGUUUUGGGCGCCCCAUGGCCCGGCUCGGGGCCGGCGGGAGGGGCCGCCUGAGGGAGGCCGUGGCCGCCCGACUCCGACACGAUCUCCUCAGGCUUUACAAAGAAGAAAUUCAUUCAGAUGUCACUUUCUGCAUUGAUCGACUGUCGUUCCGAGCUCAUAAGGCGGUGCUUUUAGCCAGGGUACCAAACUUCUACUUUCACACUAUUGGAAAAAUAUUAAAUAAUUUGGAGAACCAUGAGCCUGUGCCUCUGGAAAACAUUGGACCUUCAGAAUUCAGAACAUUUUUACAGACUGUAUAUUCAUCGGAUAAAAGUGUGAAAAAGUUAGAAGAGGAAAUUCUGAAGACGAUGACCCCGGAAACUGAGCCGGAAAACCAGAUCCUCGAAAUCCGAGGCGCAGAGUGUCCCGAAAUGAAUGAGCCGCCGCCUGCCCCUCCAAUUUCUCUUCCAGAGCCUCCCGAUGAAAACGUUUGUUCCCCUUUCGCCGAAGGUGCCGUUGCGGAGAAAGCCAGUGAUAUUGAAAGCGACUUAAUCCCCGAAGAUAAUUCCGAACUGGAACCUGCUUCUGAAUUAGGAGAGGAUUUACUGAGACUUUACCAGAAAUGCUGCUGCCCUGAUAUUGAUAUUUGGAUUGAUGGAAAAUGUUUUCAAGCUCACCGGGCCAUUUUGUGCGUCAGAUCGAGUUACUUUGCUGCGAUGCUGACGGGCUGCUGGGCUGAAAGCACCCGCGGACACGUCACUCUUCAUGGCAUGAAGCAUACGGAAAUGAACGUCAUGAUGUACUUCAUCUAUGGAGGAACGUUAGGUUUCCCAAGCAAAACUGAUGUGGGUCAGAUACUGAACAUGGCAGAUAUGUAUGGAUUAGAAGGAUUAAAAGAAGUAGCGAUUUACAUUCUAAAAAGAGACUACUGCAAUUUCUUCCAGAAGCCUGUUCCGGGAAGGCUGGAAUCUGUUCUACAGUGCCUGAUUAUUGCUUAUUCAGUGGGAGUGGAAAGCCUUUAUGCGGAGUGUAUGAAGUGGAUUGGUAAACAUUUUGCAAGAUGUUGGUCAGAGAGGAGCUUUGCCAGUUUGCCUCCUGAGAUUCAGAAAAGUUGUCUGGAUAUGUUGAUCCAGUCUUUAAAUGAUAAGAAUGCUGCUCUUCUUUUGAUGGAAAGUGACAGACUAAUCAUCAGUCUUCCCAGAGUGAAGUGGACUGAAGCGGCCUUGGCCAUGGCAUCCAGAUUGCAAGAAGAAUGUAUUGCGUUCAUUGUAGCAAACUUCUCCGAGAUCAUAAAAAGUGAAAACUUUGCCCUUCUGUUACAGUCGCAGGCAAUGAGCAGUACAGCUGAUCUUUUGGAACAAGUGUUUAAAGCAAUCGAGAAAAGCAUCACCACUGAGAACAGUUGCGCUCUCCUUAUGGCUGUGGAUAAUCUCCUCGACUCGGAAAACACGAAGGAAAUGGGUUUUACGUGCAAGAUCCAGACCCUGCGUGAGAAGCUGUGGCUCUUCCUGGUUCAGUCUUUUUACGCCGUCCGCCACACGGAGAGCUGGAAUCUGAUGAGACCAGAUGAUCAGCAGAAAAUACAAGCAGCUGCCUUUGACAAAGGUGAUGAUCGAAGACUUGGCAAAAAACCCAUCUUCAGUAGUUCGCAGCAAAAUAGAUCCAUUUCGGAUUUUAAUAAUCUAAAAAACAGACCGUGGAGAAAAAAGGACGAGCAGAAUAGUUGGAAUCUUUCCUGCAGUGAUCAGAAGAAGAUGAAAUCUGAUGGAUUGGGAGCUUCUGGACCUGCCUCCAGUUCUAACAAAGCUACUAUGAAUAAGACUACAAAACACGACGAUCUGAAAGGAAAAGACGCUAAGAAAGUAGCUUCCAAGAUUACAAAAGAUUUUAAAACUGGGGAGAAAGUUCUUUCGGGAAAGCCUAAAGCAGUUAUAAAGUCCAAAAUAGAUAAUAAUGAUCAUUGUAAAGCUGAAAAAUUGUUAAUCAGACAAGAUUCUGAAAAGUCUUCGGCCUCAAAUGGACACAGGGGUUCAGUAAGUGGGAAGGAAGUAAAGAAUCCCGAAGGAAAAAGUGUGGGUGCCAGACCUAAAGUACUUCCUGGAAGCUCCAGUUCGCAAACCAAAACGAAACCUCUGAAGAAAGCCACCGGGAAGGAAACCGCCUGUAGAGACCCAGAGGGAAUUUCCAGCAAGUCAGUACAUUCAAGUUUGGAUUUAUUGACUCCCAGCGAAUGUCCCGAUGAACCAAAAGGGAAUGACUCUUCAGUGGAAGAAAAAUCUAAAGAGACGUCUCCUUGCAAGUCUUCUCAAGCAGAGCAGACACUGAAAAAUCGCUUGGAGAGCCCCAAGAGCAACGUAGCGGCAGUGAAAUCAAGGCCUGUUUCCAGGGCUUCCAGUGGAGCUUCCAACAGGAAAAAGAUUAAUGAUCUUGAGAGUAAUGUAACUAAUAGUAUUACAAAGAAGCCCACCGGCAAGGGGAGUAACGAAGCGGCCCCUCAAGCAGUUUUGAAGAAAAAAGGAAACGGGAACGGUAGCCCUGCGGUUCAGCAGAGGGUGAAGAGUGCCUCGCCCAGUCUGUCGAAAACCCAAGGGUCUCCGGGUGAUUCACCAAAUUCACAGAAAUCUGGAGUAUUUCCUAAACAAAGUGAAGAAAAUGGGACACAUUCAGAUAAUCCGUCUUCAGACAGACAAUCCACCAAGAAAAAAAUCCUUAAGCAAACACACACGCCACCGGCUAACACCAAUCUAAAAACAACGCCGAAAAGUCAAAGUCAGUCAAAGAAAGGUGAGAUCAGGAGCAAUAAAGAUCAGAAACAGAAAUCAGGUCUCGGACAGCCCAUGGUAAAGACCCAGUGUUCGCCUGAAAGAAAUUCAAGGAGCGAGUCACCUGGGAUCCAGAAAAAUAUACCAAGUGAUGAAUGCAAACAUUUCAGCAAGAAACCUAAGCAAGCUUUACCCGGUAGGGCACUUGAACACGAUAAUAGCGAGUGUAUCCUCUCGAAACAAAAGCCCCAGGGAUUAUCAAAUAUUUCUACAUCUGACAUCAGUGGUGAAGGAGCAGUUCCUCUACCCUCGUGUCAAGCUAACCCUCAAAAGCCAUUAAGUUACCUGCAAAACGGAACAGCCGCAAUCCGCAACCAUGAACCACCUCCUUUGGCAAACGGUCACGGUGUUCCUAAAACGAACGAAUCGUUGAAGCGUGAAAUGGAACCAAAGAUUUUUCAAGGCAAAAGCGAAACAAAAUGUCCCGCUAGACUCACAAGUAGUGACGGUGCGGCUGGAUUUCCUAAUUGUUCAUCGCGGAUUGCCGAUACGCGUGCAGAAUCUGCUGAUCCGAAGCCCACGGCUUUGAAUUCAAAUGAAAAGCUCCCGAAGUGCCAACUUGACGGUGACUUGAGGAAGAGCAGCCAUUUAAGCUCUCGCGAUUCAAGCCAAAUUGCCCCAGUCCCUGAAAGGGACGCUUAUCCGGGUCAAAGAGAUGCGAGUCUAAAACUGGAUGUUAAAUUUGGAGAAAACACCCUCCCGAUCUUAUCGGAAAAGAUGGGCCUCGUACAAGUCGAAGGCAAACGUAAAACCCACGAAGGAGGAUCGACCGAAUUGGGUGACGAAUCCACGUCGACCGAAGACAGGAUAGUCUCGGGACCGUCUUGCGUUUCUGCCAAGGUCUUGGGGAAAUCUAGAUCGGAAAGAAAUUCGCCUAACGACGGGGAUGGGGCCGAGACCCCGGAGAGCCACGAAAAUCUGGAAACGCCCUUCCUAGAUCCUUGGAAUCUGAGUCCGGGUAUACUGCUCCAGAGGGAGAGCCCCGAGUCCGACACGGGCAGCACCACCACGUCAUCUGACGAUAUAAAACCCAGAUCGGAAGAUUACGAUGCCGGGGGCUCUCAGGAUGACGACGGUUCAAACGAAAGAGGGAUUUCAAAAUGUAGCACUACGUUAUGCCACGAUUUUCUCGGGAGGAGCAGCAGUGACACCAGUACCCCCGAAGAACUAAAAAUGUACGACGGCAGUUUGAGAAUCGAAGUGAAAAUGAAAAAGCAAAGCAGUUCCGAUCUUUUCCACAUCAAUUCGACCAGCGACGACGAGGUACCUAGGAAAAAGCCGGAAAUUUGGUCGCGGCAGGGUCCGGCCGUGGGCCGCCCCAGGACCGGCGAAGGUACCGCUCGCGGCGAUCCCCAGUUCUCUCAAGAAGCGGACCAGGUUUCCUCCUCGGCCGACGAAACCGAAGACGAGAGAUCCGAAGCCGAAAAUAUCUCGGGGAAGUUUCCUUCCUCCGAUCCGGCCCCCCAGCAGUUUCACGGCAUCGUCAAUUUAGGUUUCGAAGAUGCGGCUGAGAGCGAAGCGCAGAGUCAGGAGUUUUCGGCGGCAAAAAGCUUCAAGAGGUCAGUUCUGCUGUCGGUCGAUGAAUGCGAAGAGCUGGGCUCGGACGAGGGAGACGCUCCCGCUCUUUUUCAGCGGCCCGUGGAGUCUCUCGCUCCGGAAGUAUUCGACGGGCUGCCGAGCGACCGUCCCGGGAAGACGUAUCCCAGGUACGCACUGGAAACGGGAGGUGGUUUCCCACUGUGCCGAAGACCAGCGAAAGAGAAAGGGAACCGAGCGCCUAAAAAUGGGGGUUCAAUCCCAAGUCGUAACCGCCCUGAAUCCGUAGCCCAGAAUAAACCGGGUGCGUCCGAAAAGAGCGGUCACCGGGAAGUCCCGCACGGAGCGGAUGGGAACGGCCACCCCGAGGAGCCCAAAGCAAAGACUGAAAUUGCCGAGAUGAGCGAAACGCAUCAGAGCCACAGACUUUUAUUAGACGGUGAGAUAAAAUCACAAGAAAGACCUUGUCAUUUGGAGCUGCAUCAGAGAGAGCCUCAGUGUGACCCAAAAAACUGUCCUGCCAAAUCUUCCGAGGCCUGUAGGAAUCAGGGACUGACUCAGGAAGAUCAAGUGAGGGAGAGCCUCUCUGCAUCUCCCCGUAGCACUAGUACCCCUUCUUUGCCCGCAGGAGACAUAGAUGAUUGUGACACACUGGCACAAGCCCGCGUGUAUGACCGUCGGCCUUCAAAAACCCUGUCUCCCAUUUACGAGGUGGAUGGUGUGGAGGCUUUCGAGCAGAGAGCGGAGACGGAAACCCGAAUCGCGCCCCCGGAUUUCGAAGACGACCACCGCUUUCUCGCCGAGCGAGAUUGGACGCUGCUGAAGCAACUGCUUUCCAGUCCGAACUCAGACCGAAGUGUCAACAGGUCUCUUCCUGAAGAUUUAAAUUUAGCACAAUAUCUAAUAAGCCGGACCCCGCUUGUAGCACGAGACGGUUCAAAACGUCAGGGCAGAGCGCAGGCCGACGCUUUCAGCGGCUCGAGCGAACUCACGUCUCCUGAUGACGCGUCAACAGGCAGCACGGCGACGGAUUUUUCCUCUGAAGAUUGUUACUCUCCCCGAGGAGAAUGGACGAUUCUCGAACUGGAAACGCAGCACUGAAGUGAUCAAAUUUGGGAAACCGGGGGACCCCCAACUUCUUUGUUGUCUUACAGUCACGUAACCGUAACCCGCGUACAGGCCCUUGAGGAGAGAUGAUUUCGCGUUCCGUUUUCCUUCCAGUCGGAGGUAAAUGAGCGCCAGCUCUCGUGGACGGAGAGGGAGGUUUCGGAGUUUAAGCGGAUGCUUUUUCCAAAAAGCUUAAAGCAUGUUUUCUGUAUUCUGAACAAAAUAACCUGGCUUCAGCUUUCCUUCCCCACCCAGUCAUUUGGUCCCUCGUUCCUUACAAGUUAAGCCAUACGUUUUUGUUUUUGCUCUGCACAAGGUGACCUGAUCUUCAACAAUAAAGGAUUCACUGUG